AUGGAACGAAAACGUAAAAUAGAUUUUAUUAAUAAUAUUGAAUCAGAUGAAAUACCGAAAAGAUUAAAGAAAUUUACUAACGAAAGUGAACAGGCACAUUUACAUAGUGAUGUAGUGCUGAAUCAUCAUAAAGCAUUGAACCAAAAUAGUUCUAAUGAAAUUGAACAAGCAACGAUUAAUUUUGAUGAUACAAUUAAAAUUACUCAGUUUAAUAUUGAUGAAAAAAUGGAGGAAGAACAUUUUGAUAACACGAAAUAUUUACAAUGGGAAAAGAUAGAUAAGAAUGCAGUCGAUUGGACAAAUUAUAAACUAAAAAAUGUUGAAGUAAUUAAAGAUAAUAUUGAUAAUAAUUUAUCAGAUACUGAUUUAUUAAAUAAUGAUGAAGAUAACGAAGAAAAUGAUCAUCAAUUUAAUGAGAUUAAUGCAUUAAAUUCUCUACUUGCAAUUAUGCAACCAACUGAAACUGUUGUUCGAGCAAUAAAACGACUUGGAGUUACUGCAGCAAGUAAUAAAUCUAAACAACGUAUAAAACAACGUAAACCACAAACUGAAAAAAUUUCAACUAUAUCAUCAUCUGUUGAAUUAACGUCUGAAGAAUUAAAAAAAAAUAAAUUGUUAUUAGAAGAAAUGACUGGUCUUGCUGAUCAGUUUGUAUAUAAUGGUAAUUUAGCUAUUUAUGAAGAAACAUAUGAACAACUUAAAAUAAAACUUGAUCAUAUACAAUUAUCUACGGCUAAUUCAAUAACUAAUAUGUAA